CCAUUCACUUCUGCUCACCCAAAACACACACAAACACAAACACAAACACAAACACAAACACAAACACAAACACAAACACAAACAUAGAGUUCAAGAACAUCAAACCAACAUGCAGUUUGAAACACUAAAGCCUUAUUUGUAUGUCAUAUUCUUGCAAUUUGGGAAUGCAGGUUUGGUCAUAAUUGCCAAAGCUGCUCUUAACCAUGGCAUGAAUCACUAUACUUUUGCUACGUAUCGAAACCUCAUUGCAGCCCUUGUUAUUGCUCCUUUCGCUCUCAUUUUCGAAAGGAAAGGGAGGCCAAAAGUGACCUUUUCAAUCUUCCUCAAGAUAAUGCUGCUAGGCUUUUUAGAGCCGGUCGUCGACCAAAACUUAUAUUACGCGGGGAUGAAGUAUACGACCGCAACUUUUGCGGUCGCGAUGACCAACAUAAUCCCUGCCAUGACGUUUCUCAUGGCUUGGGUAUGCAGGUUGGAGAAGGUCAAUAUUAAGAAAAUACAUAGCAUUGGGAAGAUAGUUGGGACACUAGUGACCGUAGGGGGAGCAAUGAUAAUGACCAUUGUUGUGGGGCCUACAAUUGGUUUGCCAUGGACCAAGGGUUCAACCACUGCGCAUCAGCAACAGUCUACGACCCAUGUGAGCCCUGGAGACAAUAUCAAGGGCUCGAUGAUGGUCAUAGCCGGCUGCUUGUCAUGGAGCUGCUUUUACAUUGUCCAGGCAAUCACAUUGAAAUCAUACCCUGCGGAGCUCUCUCUUACAACGCUAAUAUGUGCGGCAGGGGCAUUGCAAGGGGGUAUAGUGACUGUAAUAGCUGAAAAGGGUAAUAAUGAAGCCUGGAAGUUACAAUUGGAUGCUGGACUUGUGACUAUGGUCUACGGUGGUGUGAUCUGUUCAGGAUUGGGUUACUAUCUUUCUGGAAUUGUCAUGAAGACAAAAGGGCCAGUUUUUGUCACUUCUUUUAACCCUCUAUGCAUGGUUAUUGUUGCUAUUUUAGGAUCCAUUGUGUUGGCUGAAAGUUUAAACUUAGGAAGGGUUGUUGGUGGAGUUGUGAUUGUUAGUGGACUAUACUUGGUGAUAUGGGGCAAGAGCAAGGAUGAAAGUCAGUCAACUUCCAAAUGUGACCCGAAUGAGCUUCCUCCGGUUGAUCAUCAAGAGAUACCGAUGACAAUUACUGGUACGAGAUUUGGAAAGAAGGAUAACGAUGCCGUUGCGAUAGCAAUACCUAAAAUUAAUGGUAAAUAGAGUGAUGAUUUGUUCGUUACAAAUCAGUUGUAAUAUUGGCCUUUCACUUCCCUUCAGAAGUUUUUCAAUGGAAUAUAUUGCAAGCAGUUUCUGAUUUCUGGAUAA